AAAUAUUAGAGAAACAAAAGUUCUGAACGCUAGCACUACCAGUCUCACUUCCUCUCUCUGAUUGCCCAGCUCUGCUUUGAAUAGUCUUUGCUGUGGGGCACCAGCUUUGGAGAGGAGACUCCGGAGCCUCAGAGCCCCCCAAACAAGUUUUUGCCUUUGUGUCAUGUUUUCAAAGGGUCACUGCUGCUCCCAGAAAAUGCCAGGAUGAUAUCUAGCUCGUGCCUGGCUAGGACUCUGAUACCAGCCAUGGCCUUCCUCUCCUGCCUGCGACCUGAGAGCUGGGACCCCUGCACAGAGGUGGUUCCUAACAUUACUUACCAAUGCAUGGAGGUGAAUCUCUACAACAUACCUGAAAACCUUCCCUCAUCAACCGAGAACCUGGACCUGAGUUUUAACUUCUUGAGGCACUUAGGCAGCCAUAACUUCUCCAAAUUCCCAGAACUGCGUGUGCUGGAUUUAUCCAGGUGUGGAAUCCAGGUAAUUGAAGAUGACACAUACCAGGGACUGAACCAACUCUCUACCUUGAUUUUGACGGGAAACCCUGUCCAGCAUUUAGACCUGAGAACCUUCUCUGGACUAUCAAGUUUACAGAAGUUAGUGGCUGUGGAGAUAAACCUAAAUUCUCUAGAGGACUUACCCAUUGGGCAUCUUAAAACCUUGAAGGAGCUUAAUGUAGCUCAUAAUUUUAUUCAUUCCUUCAAAUUACCUGAAUAUUUUUGUAACCUGUCCAAUCUGGAAUACAUGGACCUUUCCAAUAACCAGAUCCAUAAUAUUUAUCAUAAAGAUUUGCAGGUUCUCUAUCAAAUUCCCUUUCACAAUCUAUCCCUAGACCUGUCCCUGAACAAGAUAGACUUUAUCGAACCAGGUGCCUUCAAGGAUAUUAAGCUCCAAAAACUGGUUUUAAGGAGUAAUUUUGAUAGUAUGGAUGUAAUGAAAACCUGUAUUCAAAGUCUGGCUGGUUUAGAGGUCUAUGAGUUGGUCCUUGGAGAAUUUAAAAAUGAAAGACAAUUAAAUGAGUUUGACAAAUCUGCCCUGGAGGGACUUUGCAAUCUGACCAUUGAGAAUUUCCGGAUAGCAUUCUUUGAUGAAUUCUCACUGGAUGAUAUUGGUGUAUUUCAUUGCUUGGAAAAUGUUUCUGCAGUUUCUCUGUUAAAUCUAUAUGUGAACCAUUUAGAAAGGAUUCCUAAGGAAUUCAGAUGGCAAUCCUUGGAAUUGAUUGACUGUGAUCUUGAACAGUUUCCCACACUAACACUCUCAUCUCUGAAACGGUUUAUUUUCACUGCCAAUGAAGUUAGUAACACAUUUGGAGAGCUCGACCUACAAAGCCUUGAGUUUCUCGAUCUUAGUAAGAAUGGCUUGAGUUUCAGGAGUUGCUGUUCCAGUCGUGAUUUUGGGACAGUAAGGCUGAAGCAUUUAGAUCUGAGCUUCAAUGAAGUUAUUAGCAUGAGUUCAAACUUCGUGGACAUGGAACAACUAGAACAUCUGGAUUUCCAGUACUCCACCUUGAAAAGGGCCAAUGCUUUUUCCGUAUUCCUAUCACUCACAAAACUCCGUUACCUUGAUCUUUCUUAUACCAAUACCCAUGUCACUUUCGACGGCUUCUUUCAUGGCCUGUUCAGCCUGGAAGUCUUGAAAAUGCCUGGCAACUCAUUUCAGGGCAACUCCCUUCCAAAUAUUUUGACAAACCUGGGUAACUUGACCUUCUUGGACCUCUCUAAUUGCCAGUUGGAAACGAUAGACCCAACAGCUCUGAACCCGCUCGGGAAACUUCAGGUCCUAAACAUGAGCUAUAACAAGCUCUUGUCUUUGGAUCUAUUUCCCUAUGAAAAUCUCAGCUCCCUUCAGGUUGUGGAUGUUAGUUUCAAUCGUAUAGUGACCCUCCAGAUACAAGAACGAUACCAUCUUCCAAAUAAACUAACGCUCUUAAAUGUUACCCAGAAUGACUUUGCUUGUGCUUGUGAGCACCAGACUUCCCUGCAGUGGAUCAAGGACCAAAGGCAGCUCUUGGUGGAUGUUGAACAAAUGCUUUGUGCAACACCUGCCGGUAUGAAGGGCCUGCCUGUGUUGAGUUUUAGAAACACCACCUGUCAGAUGAGCAAGACCAUCAUCAGUGUGUCUGUUCUCAUGGUGAUCAUGGUGUCUCUGGUAGUAGUUCUGGUCUAUAAGUUCUAUUUCCACCUCAUGCUUCUGGCUGGCUGUAAAAGGUAUGGUAGAGGUGAAUGUACCUAUGAUGCCUUUGUGAUAUACUCUAGCCACGAUGAGGACUGGGUAAGGAAUGAGCUGGUAAAGAACCUGGAAGAGGGAGUGCCUCCCUUUCGGCUCUGCCUUCACUACAGAGACUUCAUUCCUGGUGUGGCCAUCUCUGCCAACAUCAUCCAGGAAGGUUUUCACAAAAGCCGGAAGGUUAUUGUCGUGGUGUCAAAGAACUUCAUCCAGAGUCGCUGGUGUAUCUUUGAGUACGAAAUUGCUCAGACCUGGCAGUUUCUCAGCACUUGCUCUGGCAUCAUCUUCGUCAUCCUGCAGAAGGUGGAGAAGUCCCUGCUCCGGCAGCAGGUGGAGCUGUACCGACUACUCAACAGAAACACCUACCUGGAAUGGGAAGACAAUGCCUUGGGGCAGCACAUCUUCUGGAGGCGACUCAGAAAAGCCCUGCUAGCUGGUAAACCACAGAAUCCAGAAGGAACACCAGAUGCAGACAUGCAGCCUGAAGCUACAUCUGCCAUGUAGAAACUUUGGGGACUCUUUCCUGCCCAGCUUUCCUGGGCCUAGCAAUUGUUCACUUCGCAACCCUGAAACCAAACCCAGUUCCACCCAGUUCCAACUCAUAAUGACCCUAUGGCACAGACUACACUUGCCUCAUAGGAUUCUGAAGCUGUGAAUCGGUCCAGAAGCAGACUGCUCUUUCUCCCUUGGACUGAUUGGUGAUUUCGAACCACUGGUCUGUUACUUGGCAUCUGAGUGCUUGAAUUACUAUGCUACCAGAGCUCUUUAUUCUGCGAACAAGCGUAUGCCAGAUGUUGCAACGUACUACACGCUAUUCCAAAGCCAGACCAUUCAGAGGUGAUGUAAGACACGCAGGGCUGCCAAUUAAUCUCAGAGAGGGAAUAAAUGCCAUGCUAAAAUAGAGAAUCUUCAAGGUUAGUGGUUUUGUUUUGUUUUGUUUUGUUUUGUUUUUAAGAUUAGUGUUUUCACCAACUCAGCAACUGGUCCAUUACAGGGAAAGUCAAUUAAACUCUUCCCACCAAAUCAGAUUAGAACUAAGAGUGAGAUCAGAAACCCUGCGUUUUUUGAAUAGCGACCACCUCAUGUUUUCUAUUAUGUUGUUAACUUCUGUUGAGUCUGCCCCAACUCAUGGUGACCCCAUAAGCUACAGAUUGGAACUGCUCUAUUGGGGUUUCUCGACUGUAAUCUUCAUGGAAGCAGUUUCCUAAGGGCUUUCUUCCUUGGAGCAGUUGAGGGCUUUGAACUGUUGCCUUUUACAGCUACUUAGAAGCCACUUAGGCUCAUAAUAUGUUUAAGUCAAAAUCAAUAUUUUAAUAGUUUCAAUGGAACUGGGUGGUUUUUCAUUUUUCCUUUUGUAUUCAAUGUAAUUUAAAUUCUACUUGAUUAUUUUGAAGGCAAGUGAUUCAAGACCUUCCUUUUUCUUCAAGACAGUUUUCUUCCAAAGGUAGAACUCCUAUAACUAAUUCCUGAGGAAUUGUCCACACUCACUAAUAUGCUGGUCGUCUCACUAAUACACAAAAAUGCUGUAUUUGUGCAUUAAAAAUCUAUGAUGUAUAUUUUGUCUCUGUAAAUCAAGUUCUCAUUUUAAAAAGUAGUCCAUCCUCCUGUGUCAUAAAGAAGCAUGUUGGGAACAUGCUGGAAAUAUCCAUAUUUAACCAUUACUUUUUAAGCAAAUGUGUCAAAUACACUGACUUUAUAUCAUUCGAUGUCAUACAUAAUAAAGAAUUAUCUUCAGGGG